UGUGUAUGUGUGUGUGAGAGAAACAGAGACCUAAUCCAGCAUCUACUGCAAGGUUCCGAAUCCUACACACACCCUGGGAUCCCGCUUUCUUAUGUUUUUUAACACAGACAAAAAAUAAAUUGCUUUCAACCCCCCCCCCCUUUCCCCACCUCGUUUUCUAGUGGAAGACCAUGGAGAAAGCUUUUUAUAUGUAGUUAAAAGGCCACAGAGACUCUGCAGUGUAGAAAUGAGGCGCUGCAGUUUACAAGCGACAAGCCCUUCUCACAUUGUUAGUCUCCAAUCUAACUGAUCUAAUCAAUGACACCGAAGCAUUGGGGAUUCUAGCACCGCCUCCACAAGCCUUUUAGCUCUUUUUCAUUGGAAGAUAGAAUAGGAGGCAGGUUCUUAUUCUUAACGUUGAUUGGCUGGCAGAGAAUCAGUAUCAAUGUUUAAGCAGCGGCGUGAGGUGAAUAGAGUCAGUCAGCAAGAGGCACUGGGAGAGAGCGAGAGGGCUGGGAGCCCAGCAAAUGCAGCAACAGCAGAAGGGAGACUGAAGAGACGCUACUCCAACUGUUGAAUUGAAUUCUUCUUAUUAUUAUUAAUUUUAAUUUUCUUCACUCGGUUUCGGAGAUGGAUUUAUUUUCUCUGAAAUCAGAACAUCUUUUGCAUGCUGUUGGCUGAUCCUGAUGAAUGCCUGAUUGAAAGAGGCCACCCACCCAUAACAGAGAGGGGGAAAUACCCCACUACAACAGAUUGCAGAAUUAACUAUGCACGUUGGGUCUGGACUUUUAUGAAUAGAGGACAAUUGGGGGGGGAUACCGAACUGAGAGCCGAGAUUGAGCUGUGGAGAGUUACUGGAAACCUACUACAUAUAUAUGUAUAUACAUAUUUUAUUUCCCUAAAGAUCAGAAAGAUCUCGGGGUGACUCACGCCUAAAAUAGAGGACAGAAUUUAAAAAAAAUACACCCAGCAAAGCAGACGCCUUCUUGGUGCUGUGGAUAAAAGCCUUGUUUUCCUGAUCCUCAGCCUCCCGGAGAAAGAGGUAUAGUAAAAGUACAGCUGGAUUCAACACCCCCUCCCUUCCUCCUUUUUUCUUCUUCAAAACAUGAAUCUGAUUUUUCUAUCUAUAGAGUGAGUCAGAGAAGUGUUAGGAAGAAGCUGCAACUAAUGUCUGUGAAGGGAGGAACAUGAGGCGAUAGUGAAUGCGAUUUGUUCCGCUGGAUCUGACUCAUCCAGCAGAUUGGAACACCUGAAUUUCUGGAUGUGUCAUUCACUUAUUUUGGGGGUAUUUUAAGAACCUGAAAUUAAAAAAAACGACCACAAAAAAUCCACCUUUAUCUAAUAGCCCCCCCGAAAGGUAAAUCGUCCUGACUUGGCUUACUGCUGCUGUUGCUACUCCCUAUACCAAGAUGUCCAGAAAGAUCGUUUGAGCCUGAGACUGCAGAAUGCAUUACACCAAACAUUAAUUUGUAUUUGUUUAAUUCAUUCCCCUUUCGAAACAAAACAAAAAAGGACAUAUUUUAUUCGCUUAAAAUAUUUACCACUUUUAUUCAUCGCCAAGAUUUUCUUUGCUAAAUGAAGAGGAUUGGGAGGUGGCAGAGCCUUUGGAAGGAGAUGCUGAAUAGAAAGAAAAAAGAAGCACUUGACAGCACAGCCCUGUGAAUGCAGAGACUGUUUCCCUUUUAGCCACAAAGUGUAUGUGUGUGUGAGUACUGGGUGGAUUUUCUCGCUUUUCCUCCUUUUUUCCCUCCUCCCUCAAUUCUGAACAUUCAACCAUGGGUUGCCUGUUGAUUUCCUUUCUCUUGGAGAGGAAAGCAAACUGGAAUUAAACUGCAUCGAGCAAAGUGUUGUUCCCUGAGAGGAUGUGGUGGUGGCGGCUGCUACUGGCCUGUCUUAGAGAAAUCCAAGAGUGUAUAUGCGAAUGAACAUAGACAGAUAUUUUUUCUUUCCUGUACACACAUAACGCAUAGACACUGCUGCUGCUGAUCCGGUUGGGGGUUUCCUGGUUUCGGGGGAGCAUUUUUCAAGAUUAGAGGGCGGAGGCUGGUAAAGGGAGGAAACUACAAAUCCGGACACUAGUUCUUUGCUCUGCAUUCUUCCCCUCCUCCCCCCCUUCCCGCCUCCCUUGGGUUGCUUGGAAAGGAAAGGGAGAGAACUACGCCUGCCAGCGAGAUGCAGUCCGCCGCUGCCGCCGCCGCUGCAAGCAAUGCAAGAUUAGAUCUCUAAAUGCAGCAAAACACUCCCUGAAAACCAACAAGCCCGCGAGGCCACCAGACAUUUCUCUGUACACAAGGGAGGGCUUCAAAUCUAUUUCCGAGACUCGUCUGUUUCCUUUCCCUUAUCCCCGUCAAUCUCAUCACGGGAGAUGAGUAACAAGUAAGGAUUUCACUUUACGAUCCUGCUUAGAGACACACCUCCCGCUCUCUUUAUCUCCCUCCGCCUCUAUUUUUAAUAGUAUUUCCGAGACUGCGUGUGAGAGUGGCUUUUCAGCGCACUGGUGGAGGGGAAAAAAGAAAAGAAAAGAAAAACCCUGCGUAUUUAAAAAACCAUUAUCGCUGCCUCCUUCCUCCUUCCUCCUUCUCUCCCCUCCCCCCGGACGAUUUUUUUCUUCUUAUCAUCCACCUCAUCGCUGAAGUUUGUGGAGCCUGAACUAGAGCUGGGGUUUUCCUGUAGAUACGAAGCGCUUGUUUUACCCCUGUGCUCGGAAGCUGCUAUUAUUUUCACUCAGUGACCCUUAAGCUACGGUCCAUUUGCUGCCUCUCGCUCUGGGCAGAUGCUGUAGCUCAACAGGUUCAAGGAACUUGGGGAAGAAAUAAGAAGAGCCUGAAUCAAAAAGCAGCUAGAGGGAGAAGAGAGACAGACUCUGUCUCACGCACGCAUACACACAGGAGCACACACACACACACACACACACACACACAACCCCGUUGUGUUGCACGCUCGCAACACACAGACACGCACGUCCUGCAGCUCCUGCCCCCACCCCGUUGGUCUGGGAUGUACCUUUCCAUCUGUUGCUGUUUCUUGCUCUGGGCUCCCGCCCUCACGCUCAAGAACCUCAACUACUCUGUGCCGGAGGAGCAAGGUGCCGGCACUGUGAUAGGCAACAUCGGAAAAGAUGCGAGGCUGCCACAGCAGGGGCUUCUGCCCCCGGAGCGAGGAGGAGGCGGCGGUGUCAGCAUCGGAGCCGGGCGCGGCAAAUCGGGCAGCUAUCGGGUCUUGGAGAACUCGGCGCCGCACUUACUGGAUGUGGACGCUGACAGCGGACUUCUCUACACUAAGCAGCGCAUUGACCGAGAGUCCCUGUGCCGCCACAACGCCAAGUGCCAGCUCUCCCUAGAGGUCUUCGCCAACGACAAAGAGAUCUGCAUGAUCAAAGUGGAAAUCCAAGAUAUCAACGACAAUGCGCCCUCCUUCCCCUCAGACCAGAUUGAGAUGGACAUUUCAGAGAAUGCCGCUCCAGGGACUCGCUUCCCACUCACCAGCGCCCACGAUCCAGACGCCGGUGACAACGGUCUCCGCACUUACCUGCUCACCCGCGACGACCACGGCCUCUUCGCCCUGGACGUCAAGUCCCGCGGAGAUGGCACCAAGUUCCCAGAGCUGGUAAUUCAGAAGGCACUGGACCGUGAGCAACAGAAUCACCACACCCUAGUGCUGACCGCCCUGGACGGCGGAGAACCGCCCCGUUCAGCCACCAUGCAGAUCAAUGUGAAGGUAAUCGACUCCAACGAUAACAGUCCCGUCUUCGAGGCUCCCUCCUACCUGGUGGAGGUGCCCGAAAAUUCCCCUCUGGGCACGGUAGUAAUUGACCUCAAUGCCACAGACGCUGAUGAGGGCCAGAAUGGCGAGGUGAUAUAUUCCUUCAGUAGCUAUGUGCCAGACCGGGUGCGGGAACUCUUUUCUAUUGACCCCAAAACGGGACUGAUCCGCGUCAAAGGUAACCUAGACUAUGAAGAGAACAGCUUAGUGGAGAUUGACGUACAGGCCCGGGACCUGGGGCCCAACCCCAUCCCGGCCCAUUGCAAGGUCACGGUCAAGCUGGUAGACCGCAACGACAAUGCGCCCUCCAUAGGCUUUGUCUCCGUGCGCCAGGGGGCGCUGAGUGAGGCCGCCCCACCGGGUACUGUCAUCGCCCUGGUGCGGGUCACUGAUAGGGACUCGGGGAAGAAUGGGCAGCUACAAUGUCGUGUCCUGGGCGGAGGAGGGUCAGGAGGGGUACUUGGAGGGAGUGGGACCGGAGGCCCGGUGCCCUUCAAACUGGAAGAGAACUAUGAUAACUUCUACACAGUAGUGACUGACCGGCCUUUGGACAGAGAGACCCAGGAUGAGUACAAUGUUACCAUCGUGGCUCGGGAUGGAGGCUCUCCCUCUCUAAACUCCACGAAGUCAUUCUCUGUGAAAAUCCUGGACGAGAAUGACAACCCGCCUCGCUUCACCAAGGGACUUUACGUGCUGCAGGUGCACGAGAAUAACAUCCCCGGUGAGUACCUGGGUUCUGUGCUGGCACAUGAUCCCGACCUGGGCCAAAACGGCACUGUGUCCUACUCCAUAAUACCCUCACAUAUCGGGGACGUGUCCAUUUAUACCUAUGUGUCUGUGAACCCCACGAACGGAGCCAUUUACGCUUUGCGCUCCUUCAACUAUGAGCAGACCAAAGCCUUUGAGUUUAAAGUAUUAGCUAAGGACUCAGGCGCCCCGGCUCACUUAGAGAGCAAUGCCACGGUGCGAGUGACUGUGCUGGACGUGAACGACAACGCACCUGUGAUAGUGCUUCCCACUCUGCAAAAUGAUACAGCCGAGCUGCAGGUGCCGCGGAAUGCCGGCUUGGGCUAUCUAGUGAGCACUGUGCGAGCACUGGAUAACGACUUCGGGGAGAGCGGGAGGCUCACGUAUGAGAUUGUGGACGGCAAUGAGGACAACCUGUUCGAGAUCGACUCGUCCAGCGGCGAGAUCCGCACUCUGCACCCUUUCUGGGAAGACGUGACUCCAGUGGUAGAGCUAGUGAUAAAAGUGACGGAUCACGGGAAGCCUACCCUCUCAGCCGUAGCUAGGCUCAUCAUCCGCUCGGUGAGCGGCUCUCUUCCCGAGGGUGUGCCCCGAGUGAAUGGCGAGCAGCACCACUGGGACAUGUCCCUGCCACUGAUAGUCACCCUGAGCACCAUCUCCAUUAUCCUCCUAGCGGCCAUGAUCACCAUCGCGGUCAAGUGCAAGCGGGAGAACAAGGAGAUCCGGACUUACAAUUGCCGCAUCGCAGAAUACAGCCACCCGCAGCUAGGCGGGGGCAAGGGCAAAAAGAAGAAGAUCAACAAGAAUGAUAUUAUGUUAGUGCAGAGCGAGGUGGAGGAGAGAAAUGCCAUGAAUGUCAUGAAUGUGGUGAGCAGCCCCUCCUUGGCCACCUCCCCCAUGUACUUUGACUAUCAGACUCGACUGCCCCUCAGCUCGCCCAGAUCUGAGGUGAUGUACCUGAAACCUGCCUCCAACAACCUGACUGUUCCUCAGGGGCAUGGGGGCUGCCACACCAGCUUCACUGGACAAGGGACUAAUGCAACCGAGACACCCUCCACUCGGAUGUCCAUAAUUCAGCCAGGAACACUAUUGAUGGUGGAAGGACGAUGUGAAGCAGCUCAGACAGACAAUUUUCCCGCAGAGCCCAAUUACAUGGGCAGCAGGCAGCAGUUUGUUCAAAGUAGCUCCACAUUCAAGGACCCAGAAAGAGCCAGCCUGAGAGAUAGUGGGCAUGGGGACAGUGAUCAGGCUGACAGUGACCAAGACACUAACAAAGGCUCUUGCUGUGACAUGUCUGUUAGGGAGGCACUCAAGAUGAAAACUACUUCAACUAAAAGCCAACCACUUGAACAAGCAUUCCCGACUUUGCUUUCCUUUGCUAUCCUCACCCUACACACCAUCACAAGUAGACUUCAAUCUGUUGAUCUGCUUCUGCCAGAGCAAGAAGAGUGUGUUAAUUGUACAGAUGAAUGCCGAGUCCUUGGUCAUUCUGACAGGUGUUGGAUGCCCCAGUUUCCUACAACCAAUCAGGCUGAAAAUGCAGAUUACCGCACAAAUCUCUUUGUACCCACAGUGGAAGCUAAUGUUGAGACUGAGACUUAUGAAACUGUGAAUCCCACUGGGAAAAAGACUUUUUGUACAUUUGGAAAAGACAAGAGAGAGCACACUAUUCUCAUUGCCAAUGUUAAACCUUAUUUAAAAGCCAAACGUGCCCUGAGCCCUCUUCUCCAAGAGGUUCCCUCAGCAUCAAGCAGCCCAACCAAGACAUGCAUUGAGCCUUGCACCUCAACUAAAGGACCGAUAGAUGGUUGCGACGCCAAACCAGGAACUCUGGCAGAAGCAAGCAACCAAUACCUGUCUGCUGACAGUCAGUAUCUGUCGCCUAGUAAACAGUCAAGAGACACUGCGUUCAUGGCCUCCGAUCAGAUGGCUAGAGUCUUUGCGGAUGUGCAUUCCCGAGUGAGUCGAGACUCCAACGAGAUGGACUCUGUUCUUGAGCAGUUAGACCAUUCAAACCGGGAUCUAGGCAGAGAGUCAGUGGAUGCGGAGGAAGUUGUGAGAGAAAUUGAUAAGCUUUUACAAGAUUGCCGGGGAAGUGACCCUGUGGCUGUGAGAAAGUGAAAGAAAAAAAAAAAGCAUUGGCAUUUUCUUGCCUCUUCUGUUGAUUUAGAAACAAUCCCCCCUGGUUAUUACAGUUUGACAGGGAUGAAGGAAGACCAAUGCUGCUUUAAGGCUUUUAGUGAACAUCUGAAGUGCCCACAAGUAUGUUCUUUUCACUGCUGUUUCUUUUUCACAGAUAACACUGGUUUCAUUUUGACCAAACUUACACUAGGACAGAGUCAAGUAUGCUUAAAGAAGGAUGGAAAAAAAUAAAAAUAAAGAGAGAGGGAGGAAACAAGGGAGGGAGAAACAUCUUUUGACAAAUCUGUUAAGAAAAUCUAAGAUGAGAGGAAUGAAAUCUUUCUGAUCCUUGUAAGACUGUCCUCCAUGGUUAAUGCUGACUUUACUGUUUACCUAUAACCCUGUGAAAGGCAGGGUUAACAAAAUUUGAUGUGUGGUGGAAUUCCAACAGUCAUCACAGGUCUCUACUGAAAGUCCUGAAAAGAUCUUUGCAGUAGUCCAAGCUACGCCAAACAUUAACACACAUUUGUGGUAAACGUUUCUGUAUAAAGUUACCUGCCACACAUGAAUACACAAAGAACAUUCCAUAUCAUUAGUCAACAAAGCAUAUCCUGGUCAUUCGUAAUACACUUCCUGCCAUAUAAAAGUUAAGUGUAAAAAUGAUAUAGUCCAUUUUGUCCUGCACACACAUUUACUAUUUCACUUCAUUAAAGAUGAAACUUUUUAAAGGUUUAAAUGCCUAUUUAGCAUUUUAGUGUCCAACAAACAUAUAAAUAAUGAUCAAUGUUUUAAACUUGAAGUUAUAGAGAAGUUUUCAGAAAAAAAAUUAGUUACCAUUGGAUGGUACUACACAGAGAAAAUUAACAUUAUUAACACUUUUUUAUCCAUUUGUGGACACUAAAAUAGCUCAGGAAAGUGAAAAUGUCUUAGACAUACAUGAACCACAUGACCAUUUAAAUGUGCAAAUGUAAGAAGAUUCAAUGUGUUUACAUCAAAUGACAUAUUUUUAUUGAUUUAUUGCAGAUUCAGUGCAUAUGAGCCAAAUUGUUGAGUGUAUAAGAGCUAUAUUGUGUAUUUUAUUAAAUUAAUAUAUAGUUGUGUUGCAAAAAUAUUUGGGCUUAUAUUGUAAAUGGCAAGUGUUGCCUCGGUAGCUGUCGAACUCUAUGAGUUUUGUUUUUUCCUGCUUCCUUUUCCCCAUGGAGUGUGGGAAGCAGUGCCUCAGAGCAAAGUCUCUUGUUUAAUGUAUGGUCUAGAAAGUACUACAGUACAUAAUCUGUUCAAAAUGUAUUUGAGUGAGCUGAUGGAGCUAACUGAAAAGGUCAGAAAAUACAUCCAUCAGUCAUGGUUAUGUGCAAGUCCUUGUAGAAGCUUCUUAUUGAAAAUUCAUGUUUAAUAACAAAAAAUUACACUUGAACCAAUUCCUGGAACGUCCUUGGGUUCUUUCUCCCCUCACAACAAUACACUUAGCUUUUGUUUGUGUAAAUAUAUUGCCCCUGAUUGAUUGCUCCAAGUAUUUUAAGGCCUUCAAAACUCAUGCUGCCAUUCUGUCUCCAAAGCAUGAGAAUGUUUUUGUGCAUGUCUAGGUACCAGCCCUGUCUAUGCCCAUGGUUUCUUCUUGUGUGUAAUCUGAAGAUUACAAGCUUUUAAAACAAUAGUAUUCGUUCUGAUUUGAAGAGUUCAUUUGCUUUCUUUAUUGGAGUAGCUUAAGAGUGGCUUUUCCCCUAUUUUCUGUUUUUUUUUUUUUUGUUUUGUUUUUUAGCAAACAUCAAAAUUACUUACAAAUAAUAAUGGGAAACCCUCCAAUUUCAGAUGGUCAAAACAUGAAAUUAACCCAGUAAGAGGAAUCAGGAGAUAAGAAAAUGAUUUGACUAUUUUUUCCCCUUGAGUUUUUAAAUAUCUGGCUUUUUAUAAUUUCAUAACAGAAUAUUAGGACUUUACCUUAAAAAGUGCUGUGGGAUUAAAUGAAAACUAUUUGUUCACUGGAAUAGAGAAAUACAUUAUUGUGAAAAUAGGGGAGAACUCCGUGCCUUCCUUUCUGGUCACCAAACCAGUUCAGAAACAAUAUAAAUGUAUUGGAGUCCUUACAUUUAAAAAUGACGAUGUGAAUUCAGUUUUGCAAUUUCAGACCUCACAAAGUUCUAUUUAAGCUAUUUCCAUCAAUUUCGGAUGUGAUUUUGGACAGUACCUCUUGCAAAACUGUUUUCAGGGGGAAGAGUGAUCAAAUCUCAUCAGCCUUACAAUCUUGCAAAGAAUUGUCUUUGGUUCCUGGUAAUAACUUUUCCAAAGUACUGCUCUUGGUUUUUAUUAUUCUUAAAUAUUUAAAUUAGAAUACAAAACAAAACAAAACAAACAAAAAAUAAACAAGGGAUCUUGUACAUGUUAAACCCAGUUGCUCUUUGUAUUUUGGACAAUUUAUGUAUCUGAAAUGUGUUGUCUCUCUUAUACAAUAUUAUUUUGCCAGGAGACUACAGGUUGAUUUAGCUUGAUAGCUGAAAUUUGAUGGAGAAGUGACUCUGCUAUUUAAUUCCACUAAGCAUUGUCUUUCUUUUAUUAGACACAGAGAACUGCACGUUUUUAAAAAAGAUGGUGUUUACAUGAAAUUAACUAAGAGCGAAUAGGGUUCAUUUUUUUCAACACUCCUAACCCUGACCAACCAGCUACACCAUUCAUUGUAUGUGUCUGAAUAUGUUCAAAACAAAUGAACCAUGAAACAUGAGAUUUUAAGAAUUGGUUGUGCCAAUGUAAGAAGAAUUUACCUUUAGGCUCUCUGUCACUAGUGAUUUACUAUUUUUAGGUGUUUAACACAUUAUAUGUAUUUAGUAGUGAUUAUUUAUUUACUUGACUGAGGUAAUUCAGCACCCAUGACUCUGAGCUUUCUAGCUGAGUUGAGGGAAUCUUGCUUUCAUUCAUUUGGCCAGCAGCUACCUUUGUCAUAGACCUCUGGUGCUUUGCUUCCCAUGAAGCCAUCUGAGAUUGCCAACUUCACACUUUUGAAACAGCCUGUAUCAGCCGGCAAUGCAUGAUCAACCAGUGGAAUUUGAAGGGGCCUUACAUCCUAUAUAAAACGGGGAAAAAAUCUCUCAUCACCAAAUUGGGCUCCAUCCUCUUCAAACACAUACAUAAAAGUUUAAUGAUUAGUUCAUUUCUCACUUACUAAAACAGUACUAUUUCUGAGGUCAAACAGAAUAAAUGGCAUUUUGUAGAAGCUUUUGAAAGAUAAAGUUCCAACAGUUGUUUAUUGCUAAUAACAUUGCAUACAACACUUAAAAGGAAGAAGAAUUAGUGUUUUUUAGGUCUUUCUUAAAGUAAGUGCUAAAGGGGGAAAUCCAAUAAUUUCAAAGAAUACUUUAAUACUUUUGCUUUAGUGUCUGCAAUGAACCUUACUGUAGAUGAUAAUAUGUUAAGGUUGAUUCACCACACCAUAAAUUAACUAGAUUCAUGGUCAGAAAAUUGAUUUAUACUGAUACCCCCAAUUAGCAGAGACCUUUUUAUCUAUGAUGUGCCAUUAGAGCUUGUAGAUGGUACCCAUUUAGAAAUAUGGCCAUAAAAAUCAUGUAAUGACCAGUAAUGGAGCAGGAUGCUUUAUUAAAACCAGCUUUAAAACUGAAUGUUACUUAAUGGAGUAGAAGUUGCUGAGGUCAACAAGUAGUCUAAGGCUGACAUAACAUACAUGCACUCAUUAUUGUCUAAUUACAUUCUUUUUGACAACAGAUAGCAUUUAUCAGAGCAUUAAUUCAGAUGAGAGUUUUGGCUAUCAAGAUUUGUGAAUUUGAAACAGAAUUGAAUGAGACCUGAUUCAAGUUUUGAUUCCCCUGGCCCCAUUUUCCCACAGGUUGGCAAUUCCAUUUAUCAGCUUCAUCAUUCCCAUAAAGUUCUGAGCUGCACCAAGAAAUUGGUGAACAAGGACAACAAAAGCAGCAUACAUUGUAUGGAUUAUCUCAACGCUAUUGUCUAAUGGCUGUGUUUAAUGUGACCUAUCUGGAAAAUGAGGACUACGAAUAAAAAGCAAUUACUAAUA